CACGAACGACUGUGAGUUGCCUGUGACGUCAAGGGAUUUUCCCGAGUAGAACUGUGGAUGAGUCAUCCCGAGAAAUGAACAUCAGCACCCAAUCAUAUUUCCUAUAAGCUCAGGACACCGUCGUUUGUUUCGACAGACAACCGCUGGUCCCGGGGACGAACCACCACACCUAUAGGGGAUAACGCCCCUCCGGACGGGCGAUAUCUUCUCGACCAAUUUUGAGGCGAUUUUUCAAGAUGGCGGCCCCGAAAAGACCGGGUGACAGUCAAGUAUUUUCAGUUCAUAGACGUAAGGAUUUACACCUGGAUUUCAACUCGCAUUUUGGUCCUGCUCCCUCUCCUUCUCUAGCUGACAUGGGCCACACAACUCAAAUUGAAAGAAUUCGUUCACGAGGUAAUUUGGAAAAGUCUACUGGAAAAUUGCAGAUUUCUCCUGAACAGACAUUUGAUUUCACAGCUGACGAUUUAACUGAUUUGGGAGAGAUAGGGCGAGGCAAUUAUGGCGUUGUAAAUAAAAUGCUUCAUGACAGAAGUGACACAAUUAUGGCAGUGAAGCGGAUCCGCUCGACUGUAGACGAGAAGGAGCAGCGUCAGCUCCUCAUGGACCUGGAUGUGGUCAUGAGGGCCAAUGACUGUAAAUACAUCGUGCAAUUUUAUGGUGCUUUGUUCAAAGAGGGAGAUUGUUGGAUAUGCAUGGAGCUAAUGGACGUGUCUCUAGACAAGUUCUACCGCUUUGUGUAUGGGGAGUUGAUCAGCUCAAUACCAGAAGAAAUAUUAGGGAAAACAACAGUUGCCACUGUCAAAGCAUUAAAUUACCUGAAGGAAAAAUUAAAGAUCAUUCAUCGAGAUGUAAAGCCCUCCAACAUUCUGCUGGACAGAAAGGGCAGCAUCAAACUCUGUGAUUUUGGCAUUAGUGGGCAGCUCGUAGACUCCAUAGCUAAGAGCAGAGAUGCAGGGUGUCGACCUUACAUGGCUCCGGAGAGGAUAGAUCCUAAAGCUUCCCACAGGGGCUACGAUGUGCGGUCUGAUGUGUGGAGUUUAGGCAUCACACUAAUGGAGCUGUCAACAGGGCAGUUUCCGUAUCCCAAGUGGACGAGUGUGUUUGAACAGCUCACACAGGUGGUGCAGGGUCCACCCCCAAAACUGAGACCCAGAGAGAGGUUCUCUGAUGACUUCCAUGACUUCAUUGGCACAUGUCUCACCAAGGAUGAAAAACAGAGGCCAAAAUACAACAAAUUGUUGGAGCACAAGUUUAUCAAAAGGUACGAAGAAAUGGAAGUGGAUGUUGGAGCAUAUGUGUGUGAUUUGCUGGACCAGAUCGGGAGCUCCCCGAACUCUCAAACAAGUGAAAGUGAUCAUCCCCUGUCUUAACAAACCACUGUGCCAUAUCAUGGACGAGCAAGAGUUGUAUAUAUUAUGUCUUGCGAUAUUGUGAUAUUUAAUAAGACGGAGAGAAAGGACUCGCAGAGACCUUAAAUCGAAACAAAAAACGGUUUGAGAUGAUUCCAUGUUUGAUGGACGAGUUGUGAGGAAUCCCGAGAUGGUUGGACGGACAGACCUCAGUGAAUUUAGCAUAACAUUGCCCCCAUAAAGACAGCUAUAUUACAUAAUCAACUAUGCAGUUUGUAAAUUUUUCCGAGAUUGCAGUUCUUAUGCAAAGGGAGCUAACUCUUGAGUGUUUUCACUGACACUGAAGUGAUCUCACGGAGAAGCAGGAUUAGCUUAGCAAAGAAUGGAAUCUCAUUGUACUGGACACUCAAUGCAUAUUGUCUUGCAGUAGGAAGUUUUGAAAAAGAGAGUAGUGUUUUGUUAAUUUGUACAUAGAAAUCUGAGGAUGUACAUUUAGUGUAAACUAUGUAUAUUUUUGGGGGCUGAUUAUAUCAGACCAUUGUUGUGAUACCGGUCAACAGAACUGUGUAUGCAGUGCUUUCCUGUUUAGGAGUAUCAUUUACAUCAUCAUCGCCAGUACUUCUUGGGUUUGUAAACACUUCGUUCACCCAUCUUCUGUUAAUAUAUUGUCAGUAUAGUCAUGAAAUGUGUUGAAAACCAAUCAAAUGUUUCUGUGUAAGAGUGAAUAGCGUCAGAUGAGCUAAACUUUGUGUAUCCUUUUGGGACUUCACAAUUGCUGAGUGCGGCAUAAAACUCACUCACUCACUCCACAAUUGCCUGGUGUUAAAUCGGUGUGUAGAGUAACCCGAACGCCAGACAUGUAAAUGUAUACUACUCAAAACAAGUAAAGAACACAUGUCAAAGACAUGGGUUUGGUUCCCCACAUGGGUACAAAAUGUGAACCCAAUUUCUGGUGUCCCCUGCCGUAUAUUGAUGGAUUUUUUCUAGAGGUGUGACGAUACAGAAACGUAUCUAGAGGAGUAACAAUACGAUUCGAUUCGAUGCAUAUCACGAUAUGCUAUCCUUAGUUAUUUUCUUAAACAAGUAUAUUUUGAUAGCAAGUAACAGUGUAAAUUUCAACAUAAUCGUCAAUUUCUAGUGAAAAUUCACUACUCUAAGGUCAACAAUACAUAUCACGAUACGAAAAAAAAGUAUUGAUAUAUUUAUUGUCAGAUAAAGUAUCACGAUUAUCGAUACUAUUGAUACAUCGUCACAGCUCUAAGUUUUUCUAAAAGCAGCAGAACAACACACUCACCAUUUGUGCGAUGUAAGGUGAAUGCUCAUCGGUGGGAGUGCUCACUGUUCCUUAUCGGUGAGGCCAGGUCAUGGCUUGAUUGGAUGGUUAAAAAACGUG